GCCACCCCUGAGCAGUGCUGUCUGUGCGGAGCUGGGACCGGGCUGCGGAGUGCAGGCCAACAUGAGCGAGCGACAAGGUUCUGGAGCAACCAAUGGAAAAGACAAGACCUCGGGCGAAAAUGAUGGGCAGAAGAAAGUUCAGGAAGAAUUUGACAUCGACAUGGAUGCACCUGAGACAGAGCGUGCGGCUGUGGCCAUUCAGUCCCAGUUCAGAAAGUUCCAGAAGAAAAAGGCUGGAUCGCAGUCUUAGCAAGGGAGCCCCUUCCUGCUCUGCCUGAAGACACCACAUUCAACCAUCCUCUGUCAAGAAAUGAAAAGAGUACCACCCUCGAGAGAAGUCAUCCACACACAACACACUCACUCCCUGCAAACCCACAAUGCAUGUGCAGAAACCCACCCUCUUGCCACCCGGUGGGCAGAUGUAGACAAUGGAAUUGUGAGUAGCUUAAUCUCCAUGUGUAGCUCCAUUAUCAUUCUGCCUGUUAACUACUUUCCUGGAUGUUGUAAUUAAAAGGA